AUGGAAGAAGAAUGUCAAGGAUGCUCACUGAACUAUAUAGACUUAAACCAUGUCAUGGGUGACGAGGAUCUACUUCGGGCAUUCCUUUUGAAUCAUCGUGUGGUGAAGAAAUUUAUCAAGUGUCCAACCUGUAAUACUGUGAUUUAUCCCAAUCACGCAAGACGUUUUGUAUGUAACAAAGUGGUGUACCAGGGACGCAAACCCAACAUGAAGAAGACGAGGUGUAGGUUGAAUGUGAGUGCACUGGAGGGCACUCUUUUUGAACAAAGUAAUUUUUCUUUCCAGCAGAUACUGACACUAAUUUAUUGGUUCCUCAUCCCAGGAAUAUCACUGGAGCAAGUGGUAUUUGAAGUCGGUCUUACUCAGAAGGUUGUGAUUGACUGUUUUAAUGUUUUCCGAGUGGUCACUUGCACUUACUGUGAAACUAAGUGCAACAAUCUUGGUGGACCAGGAACCAUUGUUGAGAUUGAUGAGAUAAUGUUUGGAAGUAGGAAAGACAGCCUUGGGCAUGCGAUUGAGGGAUACUGGGUGCUUGGAGGCAUCCAACGUGGCACGAGGAGAGUAUUUUUGGUAAUUGUCAAGGAUCGUACCGAACAGACGUUGUUGGCAGCCAUCAAGCGGUGUGUAUUGCCCGGUACUGUCAUCAUUACCGAUGACUGGAAAGGUUAUAAAAAUCUGCAGAAUGAAGGAUAUGAGCACAGAACAGCGAUACAUUCUAAUAAAUUUGCAGAAUCUGAGACAGAGUCGACCAUGCAAAACAUACAACGUCUGUGGCGUGAUGUGAAGGAGGAAUUGCCCAGUUAUGGAUGGUGCUGGGAACAACUAAGGGGACAUCUGGCAACCAUUGUAUUCAGGAAGACUUUUCCUACACCUGAGGAACGUUUGCAUGCCUUUCUUGUUGCCAGUGCAGUUAUGUUUCCUACUCAGUGA